AUGAGGUCAUUUCUAGGACUUGUAGGAUAUUACAGGAAAUUUGUUGAUAACUUUGCUUCUAUAUCCGCUCCUUUAUCUGAUGUAACCAAGAAACGACAGCCUAAUAUAAUAGCAUGGAAUGAUGAGUUAGAAAGGGCGUUUACAGUUCUUAAAGGAAAAUUGUGUUUAGGCCCUAUUUUACAAUUGCCCGACAUCAGCAAAGAAGGACUGAUGCGUGCAACACAGGUAUUGGUGCAGCAUUACUCCAGGAAACGGCUGGAGAAAUAUUUCCCGUUUCAUAUGCGAGUAAGAAACUUAAUGAGACCCAAAAGAGAUAUUCGGUUAUUGAAAAGGAAUGUCUUGCAAAUAUAUGGCGAGUGCAAAGAUUUGAACCCUACCUUUAUGGUAGAGAGGAAGAGAGAAGCAGUGGUGGAACGAUUAUACGUGAAGGACCUGUUAAGCCAGACCGAAUUAGAUAGUUUACUAACACAACCGAAGAAUGUUGAGAAUAAAUUGGAGAGUAGAUUCACAAUGGAGGUGAUAACUAGCGGAAAGUAUAGGCGACUCCGGAUUUUCUCUGGAAAAACAGACAUUCCAAAGGACGAAGAUAGGUGGGAGACGUGGAUAGAGCAAGCCGAAAGCCAAUUAGAUGAGUGGGGAGAUAUGUCUGAUUCAGAGAGGAAACAGAAAAUACGUGAAGCACUAAGAUCCCCAGCAGCAGAAGUGAUUUGUGAUCUCAGACAAGAUAAUCCAAAUGCUACAUCUGAAGAAUAUUUGGCUGCCCUUGAACUGUCAUUUGGUUGUACACAGACAGGCGACGAAUUACUGAUGAAAUUUCACAACUUAAAACAGAAGGAGCAAGAGUCUCCAUCUGAUUUCAUCCGGCGACUGCAAACAUCCCUGAGACAAGUAGUCAGAAAAGGUGGGAUACAAAGAGAACAAGCAAAUUCAACAAGACUACGACAAUUAUUAAGAGGGUUGUUGUACGAUGAGUUAGUAAUCACAACUCUGCAACUUAGUGAAAAAGUCGAAGAGCCACCAAAAUACCUUCAAUUACUAAACAGUUUGAGGCGGUUGGAGGAGGAGAAGGAAUCUAAACAGAUGCAAAGGAGGAGCAGAGUUGCGGUUAAAAGUGCAACUGUUGAGCCGAGAAUAGCCGAGCGCUUGGCAGAAUUGGAAAACCAAGUGAAAAUGUUUAGUUUCAAACAACAAGAGCGAAUGGAAGAUAAUAAUCCAUACAUUAGACCAAACCCAGAAAGAGUUGAGUCCAAGCGGGACUGGAUGCCAUCAAGUGGAAGGAGGGCCUCUCCCGACUUUUUGUUUUAA